AUGACUCCUCCCGUCGCAUCUCAGGCAGCCCCUGCCUCCUCGAACGAAGACUCCGCCGAUGGCACGCGAGGCGAGCGCGAUGAAUCUGAGGCACGUUCAGCUACUUCCACUCAGGACGUCAUGCAUCCACAAGACUCCAACAUCGUCAUCCUCUGGGGGGAUUAUGACGAGAGCAUCCUCUGGCAGUCCUACGCCCCUCGGCUCGCCUGGGAAAUGGCAAAAGAGAAGGAACAGUCAGAGAAAUUUGCGGCCAACUCCGUUAACGAUGCCGGCGGCGUUGCGUCGAGCAUCGGGCCAGAAGAUCCGCCCACACAACCGCCAUUCCCCCCCUAUGCACUACACAAGAAGCGUUCAAAGCCAGGAAAAGCGGGACAGGAAAACGACAAAUCACGCGUAACCUGCCCGGAGUCUGCAGAGACAGCAAUGGGUGAACUGGUUUAA